GGUUACUUUCGUUCACUGAAGACUCGGAGCAGUAGCCACUUUAGAGCCUGAAGGAGUGAGGAGGAAGAGGCUGCUGCUGCUCGCACUCGGUCUCUCGCAUACAGGCGCACACACAAAGCCACACACGCACACGCGCGCGCGCGCACCCACACACACACACACACACACACAGACACACAUAUACACACCAGGCAAGCAGCAGCCGGGGCAGUAGUGGCAGCGGCAGCGGCGGCGGAGGCAACGGCGGCAGGGGUAGCAAGCUAAACCCACACCCAAAGCAAAGGAAGGCUCCUUCUUCCUCGUUUUCUUUUCCCUGACACUGUUUGCUGGUCCACGGUUCCGCAAGUCCUGCUUGCAAGCUUGAGAAGGAGGAAGAACGGUGGAAAGAUUUUGAUGUGAUUUGGGAGUCUUCCCGCAGGUCGCCUCCCUCCCACCCCCCAUUUUCUCCGUCCUCUUCAGCAGAGUCAGCGAACCCCGCUCCCAGGAAGAGAAAUGGAAUCUUGUAAAUGUGGCUUUAAUGGACUUCGGGCGCUGAUCCUCCCCCUGGAUUUAUAGACCGAAGCUGCCUUUCUCAAGAGCCCUGCAACUACCCGGGCCGGUCCUCUGGGGAUUACACGGUGCAAGCUUGGUUGGGGGUGGGUGGGACGGAAAAUUGGAGACGGCGAGACGCCUUUCAGAAGAUUCUACCUAUUUUUUUGGUCACUCGCGCGCUCUACAGCUUUUGUUAUUAUUUUUUUAAUUUUCCUUUUUUUACCUUCAAAGAUCAAACGCCGUGAAUGUGCCUGGGCACACUGGAUCCCCACGGGAGUUUGCCGUUUGAGUUACAUCUUGAGCUGUUUUCCGGAGCCCCGAGAUAGCAGGCGGGCGGCGGGGGGUGGGUGGGGGGACUCCAAAAGAGUUUUUGCUUUGGGGGAUAGCUGGAUUCUGGAAUCAUUCGUUUGGAGGAGCGCUCGAAGGUCCACUGUAACUCAGAUGACUCAGUAAAUUGGCUUGCAGCAAUCACCAAGUGCACAGAUCAUUUUUUUUUGCUUUAGGUUUUUAUUAUUAUUAUUUUUUAAUCGGAAGAAUUGGAAUUACGGGCGCAAUACUUGGUCCUAUUCAGGUACGGAAAUCUCAAGGAGUUGGGAGAGGCUUUGCAAAAAGAGACUUGGAGCGGCUCGAGCAUGGCUGUGAGGAGGGACUCCGUUUGGAAGUACUGUUGGGGAAUUUGGAUGGUUUUAUUCAGGACUGCAAUUUCCAGAUCGAUAGUUUUAGAACCGAUAUAUUGGAAUUCCUCGAACUCCAAAUUUCUACCUGGACAAGGACUGGUACUAUACCCACAGAUAGGAGACAAACUGGAUAUAAUCUGCCCAAAGGUGGACUCUAAAACUGUUGGCCAGUAUGAAUAUUAUAAAGUCUAUAUGGUUGAUAAAGACCAAGCAGAUAAAUGCACUAUUAAAAAGGAAAACACACCUCUGCUCAACUGUGCCAAGCCAGACCAAGAUGUUAAAUUUACCAUCAAGUUUCAAGAAUUCAGCCCUAACCUCUGGGGUUUAGAAUUUCAAAAAAACAAAGAUUAUUACAUUAUAUCUACAUCAAAUGGGUCUUUGGAGGGCCUGGAUAACCAGGAGGGAGGGGUGUGCCAGACAAAAGCCAUGAAGAUCCUCAUGAAAGUUGGACAAGAUGCCAGUUCUUCUGGGUCAACCAGGAAUAAUGACCCAACAAGACGUCCAGAACUGGAAGCUGGCACAAAUGGAAGAAGUUCAACGACAAGUCCUUUUGUAAAACCAAAUCCAGGUUCUAGCACAGAUGGCAACAGUGCUGGACAUUCGGGGAACAAUAUCCUUGGUUCCGAAGUGGCCUUAUUUGCAGGGAUUGCUUCAGGAUGCAUCAUCUUCAUUGUCAUCAUCAUCACCCUAGUGGUUCUUUUACUAAAGUACCGGAGAAGACAUAGGAAGCAUUCACCCCAGCACACUACGACACUGUCCCUCAGUACGUUAGCCACCCCAAAGCGCAGUGGUAACAACAACGGCUCUGAGCCCAGUGACAUUAUUAUCCCCUUAAGGACUGCAGACAGUGUUUUCUGCCCUCACUAUGAAAAAGUCAGCGGAGAUUAUGGGCAUCCAGUGUACAUAGUCCAAGAAAUGCCUCCACAGAGUCCAGCAAACAUUUACUACAAGGUCUGAAAGAACUCUCUGGUGGUACCAUUUGAUUUCCCAGAGGAAACUUACUGGUCAGAUGCUUUCAGUUGAGGGUUUUUAAUGACACAUUGUGCAUUAGGAUUGACUAGAGCACAGUGGGGGAAAAGGCACCAAGCCCCUUCGCAGAGAGCCUUCUCGAGCUGGACACCUUACCUAGUCUGUAGAAUUUCUGUCUUGGUGAAUAAACAUUCACUAGAAGCUGGAAGACUUUAUAUAGAAGAUGCCCAUUCUGAUUGCUGUACUCUUGUUACACUCAUCAUCCUCUAAGCCAUGUGAUGCUGCAGGCAUUCGGGCAUGUAUAAAAAGCCAAGGGAAGAAGGAGUGAUUUGUGGACGAUGAUAGUUGUAGACAUGCUGGGAAGGUGCUCUAGGAUCUCGAGCUUGAAAUACAGUCUCCUGACUCGGUGUGUGCAUCUCUCUCUCUCAGCGAAUACUGGAUGUGUCCCACAGACCUCUGUGGCUAAGUAAGACUCUUAAAAGUUCUCUUGCUUUUCAGUCCAUCACUGUUACACUCACUCCUGUUGUAUCCAGGGCCCUGCCAUUCUUCUUCACACAAGAUUUCCUUUCACUCCACAUCCGGCAUCACUAAUGGAACAUUAAUGUUGUUGGGAGUUCUUUGCUCCUUCCAUUUGCUACAGCAGCUAUAGUUGAAUGGGUAAUACAUUUUCUAGAAAUUGUGUUUGCUAAUAAGGAGCCUUCCAGCCAGAAGUUAGGCCAUCCGCCGAAUAAGACUAGGAUGGGGGUGGGGGCGGGGGAAAGGGCUGACUGCAUUUGCAGUUCAAUGCUGCUGCCUCUGAAACAUGAAAGCUGGAAAUAAACAAAAAAAAAAACAAACAAACCACAUUUUUUAGGUAGCACAGCACUUUGGUUUGCUAAGUUUUAAGAGGCAGGUAGGAGACACAACACCACACGCAGUGGAUUAGGGCUGCAUUUGAAGGAAUUCACUGUUAUCAAAUAGCAAUGUUCGGAGAGAAAAAAAAAUAGUACCUUUUGGUUCAGUAGAACAAAGGGGGGUAUUGUUAGUAAAUGAACAAGCUUGGAGGGAAAGACAAUAGUAGGCCGCUGAUGAUAUAUUAGGGCAGGACUGUUGUGGUACUGGCAAUAAAAGACACAGCUAUGAAGCUGUAGGAAAGUCUUAGUCUGCUUUGGGAUGGUUUUUAAAGCAGACUCAGCUGCUAUACUUAUCACAUUUUAUGAAACACAGGGAAAGCAUUUAGGAGAAUAGCAGAGAGCCAAAUCUGACCUAGAAGUUCAAAAGCCAAAGGUCAAAUGGGCUGUAAUUUCCAUCAUCAUUGACAUUAUUAAAGAAUUCUCAUAUAUAAAAGGUAGGUCAGAUCUCUCCCCCUCCCCCUCCCCCAUCCCGUACACAGAGACCCAGAUUGAGCCUUAUGACACUUUGGUUUAUGGCGGUGCUGUCCCUGCUGCGUGGUGAAGUCUAGGUACUGUGACUGACACAGCAGUUCACCCGGUGCUCUGUUUAAAAGUAAAGCACAUAUGGCAAACCUCUUAAGAGUCCACAAGACUGAAAUAAAUUAUGAUGUCGAGGGGGAGGAGGAAGAUAUGACUUAUUUAUAAUAGGUGUAUAGAACACAAGGGAUAUAAAAUGAAAGAUUAUUACUAAUAUAUAUUUUAAGAUUGCACAGAGUGCACACCAGAAGAUGUGAAAUUCAUUCGUGGCAGUUAAAUGGUCUGACCUCUCAGUGCUUUAAAAAAAAAAAAAAAGAUUUUUUUUUUUAAUUGGACAGCUACUUCUGGGAAAAACAACUUCAUUCCAAAAAUAACAAUAAUGAGGGCAAAUACAAAAAUAACAGAAGUCCUGUGAAGGCAUCUCACGUAACUGUAGACUAGGAAAUACAAGCCCCAAAAUACCAGGAAAUCGAUGUUGCUGCAUCAUAUAUUUAACAAUGACAAGAUGUUCCGGCAUUUAUUUUCUGUGUUGUGUUUUCCCUUGCCUUAUGGCUGAAGUGUUCGCUAGAAUCCAGCAAGUCACAUUGAGGGGGUUCCAGUUAAAAGUUUAGCUUUUGGCCCCCCCCCCUCCCCCUUCUCCCCGCCCUCCCUUCUGAAGGAAAAAAAAGAAAAAAAAAGUAAACAUGAAACCUACUUUUUAUGUGCUAUGCAAAAUAGACAUCUUUAAUAUGGUCCUGUUACUAUGGUAACACUUUGCUUUCUGAAUUGGAAGAAAAAAAAAUGUAGCAACAGCAUUUUAAGGUUCUCAAACCUCCAGUGAGUACCUGCAAAAAUGAACUGUCACAGAAAUGAUAAUUCUCUCUAUUUCCUGAACCUGAAAAAUGAUGUUGGUCCAAAAUGCGUGUUUGUGUGAGAGAAUGGGUGUGUGGCGUGUGUGUACAUAUAUGUAUAAUAUAUAUCUGCCAUAUAUAUUAUAUAUAUCUAUAUCAUAGUUCUGUGGAAUGUUACCAUGGUGACUAACCACAGUACAUAUGUAAUUCUUUCCAUCACCCCCAACCCUUUUCUUCUUUAUGUGAAUCCAUACAAGAUUUUCUUGUAAGCCAUUAAAAUUUUGUUUUCAGGGUGGGGAGAGGGAAGAGAAGGGGGAACCUGGGAAUAGUGAGUCUGAUUUUAACGAAAUCAAAUUUAUGUAUCAUCAGUUGGCUACGUUUUGGUCAUGUACUAAACUGUGAAAAAUCAGAUGAGUCAAUGAAGAGUUACCUGCAACCAAUUGAAAAUGUGUACUGUGUGUCUGUUUUGUGUCUGGUGCAGAAUAUGACAAUCUACCAACUGUUCCUUUAUUUGAAGUUGGUUCAGCUUUGGAAAGUUACUGUAAAUGCCUUGCUUGUAUUAUCAUCCCUAGUCACCUGACUUUGGAAUUUGCACCAUCAUGUUUAAGUGAAGAUGCUGUAAAUAGGUUCAGAUAUACUGUAUAUGGAUUUGGGGUGUUACAGUAGCCUUAUUCACCUUUUUAAUAAAAUACACAUGAAAACAAGACAGAAAUGGCUUUUCUUAACCAGAUUGUGUACAUAGAGCAAUGUUGGUUUUUUAUAAAGUCUAAGCAAGAUGUUUUGUAUAAAAUUUGAAUUUUGCAAUGUAUUUAGCUACAGCUUGUUUAAAGGCAGUGUCUUUCCCCUUUGCACUGUAAUGAGGAAAAAAAAUGGUUUAAAAGGUUGCCAAAUUGCUGCAUAUUUGUGCCGUAAUUGUGUACCAUGAAUAUUUAUUUAAAAUUUUGUUGUCCAAUUUGUAAGUAACACAGUAUUAUGCUUGAGUUAUAAAUAUUUUUUUCUUUCUUUGUUUUUUUUUAAUAGCCUGUCAUAGGUUUUUAAAUCUGCUUUAGUUCCACAUCGCAGUUAGUCCUCCCCCCCACCCCCACCCCCCCAGAAAAUGAAAUCCGUGAAAAAUCACAUUCCACGUCUGUUUCAAACUGAAUUUGUUCUUAAAAAAUAAAAUAUUUUUU